AUGGAGAAAGGAAGCCCAGUUGCUGUGAAUGGAGGAGUCAAACUGCCUAUUGGGUACAGAUUCCGUCCUACAGAGGAAGAGCUCAUCGUCCACUACCUUAAACGCAAGGUCUUUGGUCUCCCAUUGCCUGCUUCAGUCAUCCCCGAGCUCGACGUUUUCCACUCUCAUCCUUCUACACUCCCAGGCAACUCGAGGGAGAAGAGGUAUUUCUUCUGCAAGAGAGAGGCAAGUGGCGGUGAUGAUAAUGGUGAGAAGAAUGGUAUUGUUGACAGUUCAUGUGGCAGAGGUUACUGGAAGCAUACUGGGAAAGACAGACAUAUGAUUCUGUCUGCCCCUUCUCCUUCUUUCAACUGCCAGUUGGUUGGGAUGAGGAGAAGUCUGGUUUUCCGCAGACACAAGAAGGCUUCUGCUAAUCAAAACAAUCAGUGGGUCGUGCACGAAUUUUCCCUUCUUGGCUUGGCCACAAUCCCCUUCACAAAUCAGGUGACAAAGGUGAAGUUGGGAGACUGGGUCUUGUGCACUGUUUUUGAGAGGAAGAAGAAGAGAAGGCCUACUACUACCAAUAACAAGAGCCAAAACCUUCAAGGGGUCAACACCUCAAAUAGUUUCCCAGUCCCAAAUCAGCCGGAAGUCGAGGAGACGAUCACAGGCCCUAAUGAUAAUGAUUCCUCCAUGGAUUUUAGAAUGGAAGAGUUGUCUGAUGCAGGGCCUAUUGAUCUACAAGAGGAGGAAGACGAAGAAGAAGAAGAAGGGCCUUGUUCAUCGUCUUCUUCAGUAUCACCAUGUUCAAGUGGAAUCACUGAGCUUUCUUCUCCUACCAAGUCACCAAAUGGUGGGUUAGAUCACCAGGAAAAAGCUCGCACUUCAGUCAAUGUUGGCUUAUGUUCUUCUUCUUCUACUACUAGCAGUAGUUAUUCUUGUUAGAGUUUUAGUAGGCGGGGGUGGAAAAAGAGGUAAAAACCGGAUUGAAAGGAAACAAAAGCACAUGCCAAGCUAUUACUAGCUGCUUCCUAAUUUGAGGAGCAACCAAGCCCAAUGAGAAGUAAAAUUACUUACCAACCAAGCCUUUGUCAUCUCUGAUUAUUAGCUGUUUGUCGGGUUAAUUAUGACCAAAAGAUGGAAAUGAGAAUCGAGAGAGAGAGAGAGAGAGGGAUUGGGGAAAAGUGUUAGAUUUGUUGUUUCAUGUUUAAGGAGCCUAUCUAUUGUAAUUGAUAUUUGUACCAAGAUUUCAAACAAACAAAUUCAUUGCAUUCUUGAAUCAU